AGCGGCGGGAGGGACCGGCCCGGUGCCCGUGCGGGGCCGUCCCCCCGCGCCACGGCGCUCCGCGGCUGCCAGCGGCUCCUGGCCAGAGCCCGGCCCGGGUGAGGGGCGCCGGGCGGGCUCCCGGGGUGCCGGGUCCCCGGGCCGGGCCGGGGAGGCCGCCGGAGCUGCGGGAGCUCCCGGGUGCGGUGGGACGUGGGCGGUUCGCUGGCGGUGCUGCCCCGAGCUGCGGGGCACGGGCCCCCACGGGCUGAGCGCGGCGGGAGCGGCGGGAGCAGCGACCUCUUCUCACUGUUUUAUCCACUGCUUGAAGGAUCAGAACCUCAGCUCCCGAGGCAGCCGCGGGAUCGGUUUCACAGGACUAGUUUUGGCACUAAGAAGGUUAAUUUGUGCAUAAGACUGAGGUGCCUCAGCCACAAUGCACUGCUCCUCCCUGAAAUACCUCUCCAGUUUCAGAGGCUCCCACCUUCUGGCACACUCCAGUCCUCUGUGCUCUCCAGCAGCUGCUUUUCUCCAUCGAGUGGAUCCUCCCUUGGGCUGGGCCGGGCCGAGAGGCCCCAACAAGCAGCCGUGGCUGUGCUGGGCAGGGCUGGGCUCUGGCCAACCUCCCUCCCCAGCUGAAGGUCUUCGGAUGCUCCACACAUCAGCCCACUCAGCCCAGGAGCUGCAGGAUGAACCUUCACCCCACCCAGGUGCUGCAAACCAGGGCACUAAACCUGCUGGAACUCCAGCAAAGCAGGUGGUGGAGACUCCCGGGGGAAAGAAGACUUUAGGCCAGAAAAUGGUGGGUGAGCUGAAACAUUAUUACAAGGGGUUCCACCUGCUCUGGAUCGACACCAAGGUGGCUGCCAGGAUGGUGUGGAGGCUGCUGCAUGGCCAGGUCCUCACUCGGAGGGAGAGGAGGAGGCUGCUGAGAACUUGUGCAGAUCUCUUCCGGCUGGUUCCCUUCCUGGUGUUCGUCAUCGUGCCCUUCAUGGAAUUCCUGUUACCUGUCUUCCUGAAACUCUUCCCUGAAAUGCUGCCCUCAACGUUUGAGACCGAGUCAAAGAAGGAAGAAAAGCAGAAGAAAAGGUUAAGUGCAAAGCUGGAGCUAGCAAAGUUCCUGCAGGAGACCAUUGCAGAGAUGGCCAAGAGGAACAAAGCAGACACAGGACAAGGGAAACAAUUCUCUUCCUACGUGCACCAGAUCCGUCGCAGUGGCCACCAGCCCAGCACCCAGGAGAUCCUGAGCUUCUCCAAGCUCUUUGAGGACGAGCUGACCCUGGAGCAGCUGGAGCGGGCGCAGCUGGUGGCUCUGUGCAAACUGCUGGAGCUGCAGCCCCUGGGCACCAACAACCUGCUCCGCUUCCAGCUCCUGCUGAGGCUCAGGACCAUCAAGGCAGACGAUGAGAUGAUUGCCAAGGAAGGAGUUGGUGGGCUGAGCGUGCCCGAGCUGCAGAGCACCGGCAGAGCCCGGGGGAUGCGCUCCCUGGGGCUCUCAGAGGAGCAGCUGAAGGAGCAGCUCCGACAGUGGCUGGAUCUGCAUUUGAAAGAGAAUGUUCCCCCUUCUCUGCUCCUGCUUUCCCGUGCCUUGUACUUAAUAGAUGUAAAGCCACAGUCUGUUCCAGUUCCACAAAAUAAGAUAGGUGAAACUGCUGAAAUCAUGACGUCCAUUCCUGAAGGUCAAGAGACCCUGCUGGAUCCUGCCCCCAUUGCACAGGGAAGAAAGAGUGAAGAGUUUGUACCUCAGCCAGCAGAGAAAUUACCAGUCUCAGAAGUGUCAGGGAAGCCUCCCCCACGAGAGCCUAAACUGGAAGCCUCCCAGAGCAACACAGCCAAUGGUGUCUAGUCUGGAGCCAGCGAGGACUGUGACCCUGGGAGAGAAGAACUUUCAUCUCUGCACCUCCUCACAGGGAAGAGGGGUUUUCCAGAAGGCUGCUUGACAGAAAGAGCUGUCAGCAGUCCUCAGGGGCCUCUCAUCUGUUCCAGGUGUAUUAGCAGUGGGACCAGGCUAAAGCUACCUGGUUGGCACCAGCCUCACCUUUUGACUGGAUUCCCUGCCCCACCACCUUAACUUAUCUUGUAAAUCUGUUAAUAAUGAUGCUGCUGUCUGUGCAGUUACUGAGCAGGUGUUUGUGCUCCUAAGCCUCAGCAAAGGCACCUGCUCAUUGCCAGAAAGCCCUGGGCACAGAACCAGCCAGGCUGAAGGUCCAGCAGAGCCUGUUCUGCAGUUUGAAGUUCUCUACAGGAACAUACCCACGUAUCCAGGGCUUGCAGCCUGCCCUGCUCUGCAAGCUCUAGCUCUUGAUCCUAGUUAGUGUGGUUUAACCAGUAACUCAUGCACAGGACAGCCUAGGCAGCUGGUGUGUAUCUCACUGUCACAUUUGUACCAAGGAGAGUAACUGCAGCACAGGGAGCACCAGCUCCCUCCUCAGUGGGAUGGUGCAACUUUCCUGUUCAGAACUUGCUGGAGAAGAGCAGAGCAGUGCAGAGGGCAGCUCUGCUGGGUGAGGGUGUGCAUCAGCUGGAGCUGCAGCAGAUGCCAGUGACAUGAGGCAGAGACUGGCGUUUUGGGGAUCCCAUGGGGUCCUGUGAGGUGGCCACAAACAUUUCCCAAGUUCCAGGUCAGAUGUGGUCAAACUCACCAGGCUCAGAACGACACAUCAGCAGGUGCUCUUGGACUUGGGUACUGAGCAGAACAAUUCUUUGCACACUCCAGCGUUGACUGGCUCUUUGGUGGACUCCACAGGAGGAUGCUGAAAAGCUGUUUUUAGCAUUUGUUAAUAAUUUUUUUUUACUUUAUGCUAUGUAAAUGUUCAGGAAUUACUGACAUGAUGGGUUUUAAAUACAUGUAUUUAUACUUACUGUAAAACUAAAGUUAGACUUGGUGCUAAGUAGGAUGCAAUGUCUCCUGUAGGGGUCAAACAGCCUUUAGAACAAUCUGAAAUAAAAGCCAGUCACCUCCAGGUCAGGCAUUACCAGCACUUUAAAUGGGACAUCAGCAAGGCAGGAACAGCUUGGAGAAGGCAGCAGCCACGGUACUGUGUUAGUCCUGUCCCUGCACCCCUGCCUUGUGUAUGCACUGCUGAGUAUUUGUAUUUAAUUGGUGGUUUGUAGAUAAAAACAAAUGUUAUUUCAGUAAAAUAACCCCCUUACUCAA